UCCCCUCUUUCUUCAUUGAAAGCUCCAAAGGAACAGUUUCCAACCUCAUCAAGCUCCAAUGCCAGGCACCAUUCAUGUCUUUGUGUUAGACUUGAUGGACCUUCCAUUUGAUGGUAGUCCCCUUAUCUUGAAGUUGGCUAUGGGGAAGAGGGAGUACCAAACUGUUUGCAAAGGGGAAUGUUCUUUCCCGGUGAUGUCUCUUCGUGAAAACUUGGUCUUGAUGCUUCAUGAUAAUGAGGGGAAUGAAUUAUCAAGAACAGAAUUGCCGACCAUGUCAGUGGUGGAAAAGGGAAUAUGGGAUGACUUGUUUCCACUUAAAGGUGGCGGGCACGUCCACAUGAGGGUGCAGUUCUCUCUUAAUGAAGAAGAACGCUUGAGGAUUCGCCAUAUGAGGGAGACAGUGGUACGAAAGAAACAAAGCGAACUGCUCAAAGGGCAAGAAACAGGAUUAUUAGGUUCUUAUCCAACAACCCAACUCUUUUCAGAAGGUACUAAGAUUGAGAAGACAGAGCAAACAGACCCAGGUGUCUGUGGAGGCACACUUUCGCUGCAAGAAUUCAGAGAAUCCUCUGCACAAGCAUUUAAACAGUAUGAUCCACAUCAUACUGAGCUAAGCAAAAAGGAGAUUGGGAUUUCAGACAAGCAAGAUGUUUCCUCUGUAGAAGUCAGUAAUUCAUCAUUAUCAAAUGAGCUCAAUGAAUGGUGGAAGCUCUCAUCUGAGCAAAUGAUUCCUACCAAACCAGAACAGUUAGCUACUACUUAUGCGGGGAAUAUUACUGAAGAUGACCAAAUUCUGGAAACAAGGAGGAAGGGCUUUCAUCGGAGAAGCUUGAGCAGCAAUAUGAAGAAGAUGAUAACCGCCUUUGAGACUAUUCUUUAUCAGGGAUGGGAACCUUCUUUUAGCCCGAAAUUGAGGGAAUAUUCAGGGCCAAACAACAUUAAAUAUGUCAAAGUUCCACAGAUUUUGACCAAGUCAUUUUCGGCAGGAAUGCUCUCUGAUAUAAAAUCAAUACAAAAUCCAGCAGUUCAUAGAUCAAUUGUCGAGAAGAAGGGAGAAAAAUCUCAGUUGUAUAGUGACAGUGGGAAGAGCCAAGAACUUGCUAAUGAUAUUAUCUUAUAUGAUACAAAGACCGCAAACUAUGCUUUGGAACCAAUGGAGACAGAGCGAGCAUUCAGCAUCAGAGGAAUGGUGGAAAAUUCUAAUGAUGAUAUCCACCUUUCAGAUAAGGCAAGUUGUGAUGUUUUGCACGGACUAGAAAUUAAAACUGAUCAUCAUGUUUUGGCAGAAGAAGAUUUGGCAGCGAGAAAAAUGUUAUAUGAGUUACCUGUACAUAAUGUUCAACCUUGUCCUUGCACGCAUCAAGGCUCAUCUUCUAUUACGGCUAUGGAGGGGAAUGGACAGAUUAAUCCUCGAACUUCAAAUGAGGAUGUGUUAUUAUCAAGACACUCUGAUAGUCGAGGAUGUAGUUCUCCAAGCCUUGUUAGUUGCGUACCAAGAUAUUUUUGCAUCACUAGUGGGAGCAAACAAUUGAGGGAUCUUGUUGAAUGCUGCGACCUCAGUGUCGGAACACACCUAAUGGAGAAUUAUCAUUUCAUAAAUGAAGUUCACGAAAAGGAAAGUGCACAAGGAGAUGGACUACUUAAAAUGGAUGAGGAUGAAGAGAUUUCUCCUGCUUCUGAAAAAAAUAAUGGACUCUCAAAAGGCAUGAAAAAAUCAAGUGGAUUGUUGAUCGAACAGGUUGUGCGAACAGUUCUAAUAAUCAUUGUGGGUGGAACUCUGAUAUUGAAUACUAGGCUGAGAAGACUGAGAUAACAACGUGAAAUUUUGCAGCAUUAAAGCAACAAUUGUGCAUUGUUGGCAGUGUGAUGACAAUUAUUGACAUCAACCAAGAUUGACAGCAGUCUACCUUUUUGCAG